AACGUACCAUUUACAAAGCGACCACAGCAGCGGAUAGCAGCAAUCAUUAGCGGUGAGAGUCUUUGUAUUUUCCUUUUAUCAAUUCAUACUUGAUGAUGGAUAAUCAAAAGUAUAUUCAAGAAUUUGAUAGAUCGUGGGAAAUUAAUUAUUUUUUUAUUUAUAUUUUCAAUCGUACGAUUUGUUUACUUUGUGGUUUCGAGCCUUCAAUAAUAAAAAAGUUUGUAAUAGAUAGACAUUUCAGACGUUGUCACUCGGUACAAUACUCCAAUUAUUCAGAUACAGAAAAAUUGAAUAUCAUCGAAGCGUUAAAAUUAGUUUAUCAGGACAAUGUAGUAUCUUCUCCUCCUGAAAAUUCUUCUGAAAAACCUCUAUUAGCUUCUUAUGCUAUUUCCUUACUUAUAGGACAAAAUUCAAAACCAUUUACUGACGGUACUUUCAUAAAAAACUGUAUCAUCGAAGCAGUAAAAUCUUUCGGUAAUUCAUUAACAAUCGAUGAAGCAAUGAGCAUUCCGCUCAGUGCAAAGACUAUAACGUCAAGAAUUACUGACAUCAGUAAUUCUAUACAGGAAAAGUUGAAAAAUCUUUUAAUAUCGUGUACGUAUUUUUCUUUAUACAUUAAUGAGAGCACCGACAUUCGGCACAUAAGUCAAUUGAGUAUUUUUAUUCGAAUCGUUCAAAACGAUUUCUCAUGUGUCGAGGAGCUUUUAGAUUUCGUCCCGUUACAUGGCACAACAACGGGUCUGGAUAUUUUUUUAGCUGUCGAAGGAGCGCUUAAAAAAUUUGACAUUGAUCUUAGUAAAUGUUCUUCGAUUACAACUGAUGGCGCAAAAGCUAUGAUAGGUUCAAAAAUAGGAUUUGCCGGCCAAUUAAAGCAGCGAAACUUUAAUAUUCCCGUUAUUCAUUGUAUAAUACACCAGGAAGCACUUAGUGGCAAAGUCGUAAAAUUGUCAACAGCAAUGGAAACAGUAACCAAAAUAAUUAAUACAAUUAAAGGUGGACAGAAAUUUCUCAUGCAUAGAAAAUUUCAAUUAUUUCUUACUGAACAUAAGGCUAUUCAUACAAAUGUCCCUCUCCAUUGUCCAUCACGUUGGCUUAGUGCUACAAAAUGUUUAGAAAGGUUUUUUGCGAUAAGAAAAGAGAUCUUCCUUUUCUUGCAAGAAAUGAAUAACUCCAAAUUUCAGGAAUAUAUAUCUCUUUUAGAAGAUGUUACAUUUCUUUCUGAACUUGCUUUUAUUACAGACAUGACUAAUCAACUUAGGCUUCUCAAUUUAAAACUGCAAAGACAGAAUCAAAAUAUUUCCCAAUUAGUUAGUCAUGUCGAUUCUUUCCGAAGGAAAUUACAAUUAUUCAAAACUCAUUUAAAUAAUGACAUUUUUCAUUUUUUUCCUUCUUGCCAGAUUCUUCUCGAAGAAUACGGCAGUAGCUGUAAUUUUAAACAAUAUAUUUCUAUUGUAGAUUCUCUUAUAACAGAAUUUGAUACACGUUUUACUUGUUUUGAAAAACUUAGAACCGAAUUAAUUCUUUUCGAAAAUCCCCUUACAGCACCAAUCGAAGAACAGCAUCUUGACUUGCAAAAUGAAUUGUGUGAUCUACACAAUGAUAUUUCUCUUAAAACGGUUAAAGAAACCGGUGCUGAUUUUUAUAAAAUUUUAUCACACUCAUCAUACCCUAAGCUUCGUAAUUUCGGACUUCGAAUUUAUUCCAUGUUUGGAUCCACAUAUUUAUGUGAGACUUCAUUCUCAAAAAUGAAAUUCAUAAAAAAUGAAAAACGUUCUUCUCUAAGCGACAAUUCUUUACCGCGUCUUAUGCGGCUUGCUACGUUUAAUAUAGACAUUGAUGUUCCUUCUCUCGUAUCUAAAAAAUCUCGAAAGUCGUCUGAUCAAUAGGAAUAAUUUUUAUUUUAUUACUUUAUUUUGUUAUUUAUUAUUUAAAUAUUCUGUUUUAGUUAGGUAGUUAGUUAAUGGGUCGCUUUAGUCAUCAGUGGAUUAGGCCUACUGGGGAUACCACUUAAAGAAAACGCGUCAACAAUAGUACCUCACGGGUGACGUGGAAAACUAUUGGAAAUAUACGCGAGUCAUACGUUCCUGAGCCUCGAGCGGCUCGUAGGCUGCGCGCGGAACGCUGAGGUAAGGGGAGCAGCGGCAGGCGGAGCGAGUUGAAAAUUGGCCGCGGAGUGCAUUUCUUGCCGAGCUUGGCUAUAGAUCCUGUAGAUAACAAAGAAAAUAUUGAAUAUGUAAUUCUUGAUGAAGUUGAUCAAAAUCCAGAGAAAAAUGAUCCAGAGGAAGUACUUUCGUGUCUAAUGGAUAAUAAAGCAAUCGAUAACUGGAAAUCUUGGGAUUCUGUUGAAGCUGUGUUUUAACAUUGACCAUUUGCACAUUAUUAAUAAGCUUUCAAUAUAGUUUUUCUUUUAUGCGUUCGGAGGCGCAACUAUCGUUAUCCGGUCGGAAGUUAUGUGGUGACAUCUAUACCGGUAAUUCUAGCGUAUCGCCACUGGCUUGCUUUUGCGUUAUUCGAGUACGAGCCGUGUAACAAAAAGGUUGCUUGUGCACUUAAAUAAAUAAUUGCUAUUUCUACAUCUCAGAAAUAAACAUGACUGACUCGUUA